AUGAGUUGCAUUCAUCAUGUUAGGAAUUCUGUAUCAAUGAUAUGUUUAGCUCCUCAUAAGUGUUAAUGCUUAAGGAAACUUUGUGUUGAAUGCCUUUAUGAACAUGAAGUAGAUAUCAAAAAACAUACAAUACCAAUUACUAAUUUCUAAGAAAGGGUUCUAAAAAAAUUACAAGACUCCAAGCUUGAGGAGACAUCAGAGUUAAAAAAUCAGAGGAUGGCUUUUAAAUCGUUACUCUCUCAAAGUGAAUAAAUGUUGAAGAAAAUUUGGGAGGAAUUGUUACAAUCAAUCAACUAAAUAUAUGAUUGGAUUGAAUUGGAAAACUAAUCAUACUUAAACUUCAUCAACAAAAAUACUGAUCUAGCUGAAUCUUCCUACACUGACUUAGAAAAAUUAGUAAACAUUGUUGAAGGAACAACUUUAAAUGAUUUUAAUGCUUUGAAGAAUUCUUAUAUGAAGAAGUUAGAUUAGACCAAGACUUGGUGGGACCAUCAUAUUAAGGCUAUUGUUGAAAAGUCUAACCUAGGAAUUCAAUAGAUUCAAUCAUUAAUUAAGUAAGUCUUUAAAUUAUUUCUUUAGGUUUCAACCUAAUCUAGAAGAUGAAUGCGAAGCUUAUUAAAUGAAAGAAAAUCUUUUUGAAAUACUAAUCUCCAUUCAAGAUAUUGAUGUAUCUUUCUAUGAGAAGAUUCUUGAAAUACUUAGAGGAGAGAAAGUUUCAGACAUACUUGUAUUCCUUUCUUAAACAAACAAUCAAAACCUUUAUGAAUCUUUAGUAAACUAGUAAGAGAAUAUAAGCAGUGUUAAGAAAUAGAUAAAGUAAAUCACAAAUGCAUUGAGAAACAUUUAGGAUCAUUAAUUUAAUUUAGGGGAUUAUUCUUCAUAGGCUUAUGAAAAGGCAAGAUAAAAUUUAAUUAAAUUGUUACCAGUAAAAAAAGGGAUCAUAGAUUUUAUCAUGUUUUUAGUUCUUCUCACAAGCAUAGAUGUAAAAUUUAUUUAAUGUGGAUCGAAUGCAUUAAAUUUAUUAGUAGGAAUGAAGGUAGAUAUCAGGGGCCAAUCCUUAAAGAAUAUAAGAAUAAAGAAUACAGCUUUGUUUGGUGGUAACUUUGUAAGAUGCAACCUGAGUGGAUCGGAAUUUUAAAAUGUAGACAUAAAUGGAGUCAAUUUGAAUGGUGCAAUAUUGUUGAAUUGUAAAUGGAAAAAUUUGAAAAUCGAUGAAAUAAAUUAGUUAAAUGGUCAUUGUGGAGGUGUGUUGUAAGUCUCAAUAUCUCCUGAUAGAAAUACAUUAGCAUCUGCAUCUGGUAGUGGUGAUUUGUCUAUCCGUCUAUGGGAUGUGAAAACAGGAUUAUAAAAAGCUAAAUUAGAUGGUCAUACUAGCGCCAUCUGGUCAGUCUGUUUCUCACCUGAUGGAAAUAUAUUAGCUUCUGGGGGUGGCAAUCCUUUGGGUGGUGGUGAUAACUCUAUCCGUUUAUGGGAUAUUACAACAGGCUAAUAAAAAGCCUAAUGGAAUGGUCAUACUAACACUGUUUACUCAGUUUGCUUUUCUCCUGAUGGAAAUACAUUAGCUUCUGGUAGUGAUGAUAAGUCUAUCCGUUUAUGGGAUGUUAAAACAGGAUAAUAAAAAGCCUAAUUGAAUGGUCAUACUAGCACUGUCUGCUCAGUUUGCUUUUCUCCUGAUGGAAAUACAUUAGCUUCUGGGAGUGAUGAUAAGUCGAUCCGUUUAUGGGAUAUCAAAACAGGAUUAUAAAAAGCCUAAUUAGAUGGUCAUGUUGAUACUGUGAGAUCAGUCUGUAUUUCACCUGAUGGAAAUACAUUAGCUUCUGGAAGUAGUGAUAACUCUAUCCGUCUGUGGAAUGUCAUUACAGGAUAAUAAAAAGCGUUAUUGGAUGGUCAUAGUGAUACUGUGAGAUCAGUCUGUAUUUCUCCUGAUGGAAAUACAUUAGCUUCUGGUAGUGAUGAUAAGUCUAUUCGUCAAUGGGAUGUCAAAACAGGAUAGUAAAAAGCCUAAUUGAAUGGUCAUGCGAGUUAUGUUUGGUCCAUCUGUUUCUGUCCUGAUGGAAAUACAUUAGCUUCUGGUAGUAGUGAUAACUCUAUCCGUCUGUGGAAUGUCAUUACAGGAUAAUAAAAAGCGUUAUUGGAUGGUCAUAGUGACGCUGUAAGAUCAGUCUGUAUUUCUCCUGAUGGAAAUAUAUUAGCUUCUGGUAGUGAUGAUAUGUCUAUUCGUUUAUGGGAUUUCAAAACAGGAUAGUAAAAAGCCUAAUUGAAUGGUCAUACGAGUUAUGUUUGGUCCAUCUGUUUUUGUUCUGAUGGAAAUACAUUAGCUUCUGGUAGUUGGGAUAAAUCUAUUCGUCUUUGGGAUAUUUAAACAGGGUAAUAAAAAGCCAUUUUAGAUGCUCAUAGUAGCAUUGUCAACUCAAUCUGUUUCUGUCCUAAUGGAAAUAUAUUAGCUUCUGGUAGUAGUGAUAACUCUAUCCGUCUGUGGAAUGUCAUUACAGGAUAAUAAAAAGCGUUAUUGGAUGGUCAUAGUGAUGCUGUAAGAUCAGUCUGUAUUUCUCCUGAUGGAAAUAUAUUAGCUUCUGGUAGUGAUGAUAUGUCUAUUCGUUUAUGGGAUGUCAAAACAGGAUAGUAAAAAGCCUAAUUGAAUGGUCAUACGAGUUAUGUUUGGUCCAUCUGUUUCUGUCCUGAUGGAAAUACAUUAGCUUCUGGUAGUGAUGAUAAGUCUAUCCGUUUAUGGGAUGUCAAAAAAGAAUAAUAAAAAGCUAUAUUAGAGGGUCAUAAAAAUACCGUCUACACAGUUUGCUUCUCUCCUGAUGGAAAUACAUUAGCUUCUGGUAGUGAUGAUAUGUAAAUCUGUUUAUGGGAUUUUAAAACAGGAUAAUAAUACACCAAAUUAGAUGGCCAUACUAACACUGUCAAUUAAAUUUGCUUCUCACUUGAUGGAGAAAUAUUAGCAUCUGGUAGUGAUGAUAAGUAAAUCCGACUAUGGGAUGUUAAAACAGGAUAAUAAAAAGCCUUAUUCGAUAGUCAUUUAGAAGCUGUCAAUGAUGAAAAUUCAUUAGCUUCUGUUAAUUUUGAUAAAUCUAUAUGUUUAUAGGAUUUACAGACAUUAGAAGAAAUUAAAUCCUAAAUUUAAAAUAAGUAAGAAGAUUUUAUAUAAUAUAUACCUCCACUUCAAUUAAAUACUUAUAUUUCAGAAGGUAGUCUUUUAAUUUUUUAUUUUUAUAGUCUCUAAUUAUAUCUCUAUACUCAUUCUUUCCUAAUAGCCAAUAUUCUAAACAUAAGGAGCGCUUAUUCUUAAAGGAGAGUUUAUAAAUUAUGCAGGUAUAGAUUUGAGGCCAUUAUUUAAACAAAAGGGUAGCUGCAUUCUUGAAAACAAAUUAGAAUCAACGUAGAAGUGA